UCCUCCGUCAUGUGUAGUUGUAGCCAAAUUAUUUAUGGUUGUUUCUGCCUCUGCUGUCGUUAUGAUGGAUGUCAGUGUUACUGCUUCUGAACUGUCUGUUGUGGCAGUGUCACUGGAUGUAGUGGCUGAAUCCAGUGAGGUUACUUCCACACCAGGUGUUGUUGUACAAUCAUGUGCUAUAGUUGUUUCUAAGACAGGUGUGGUUGUUCCUGCAUCCUGUGUUGUUGCUUCCCAGGUUGGUGAUGUUUUCUCUACCUCUAAUGUUGUGGGAAGACUGAAUGUUGUUGCUACUCCACCGUCUGUUGUACUGGCAUGGACACUAGAUGUUGUGACAACAUCUGGUGUUGUUUCUGAAACAGCUACUGUUGUAGCUUCUUCAUGUGUAGUUAUAUCCAACCUUUGUGUUGUUGUUCCUCCAUCAUGUGUAGUUGUAUCCAAAUUCUCUUUGGUUGUUUCUGAAACAGCUACUGUUGUAGCUUCUUCAUGUGUAGUUAUAUCCAACCUUUGUGUUGUUGUUCCUCCAUCAUGUGUAGUUGUAUCCAAAUUCUCUUUGGUUGUUUCUGCCUCUGCUGUCGUUAUGAUGGAUGUCAGUGUUACUGCUUCUGAACUGUGUGUUGUGGCAGUGUCACUGGAUGUAGUGUCUGAAUCCAAUGUUGUUCUUUCCAAAUCUGCUGUGGUUGUACCAUCGUGUGGUAUCGUUGUUUCUGAGACAAGGGUGGUUGUUCCUGCAACCUGUGUUGUCGGUUCCCAUGUCACUCCUGUUGUCUCUGGUUUGGAUGUUGUUGUGGGAAGAAUGAAUGUUGUUGCUACUACACUGUCUGUUGUACUGGCUUGGACACUAGAUGUUGUGACAACAUCUGGUGUUGUUUCUGAAACAGCUACUGUUGUAGCUUCUUCAUGUGUAGUUAUAUCCAACCUUUGUGUUGUUGUUCCUCCAUCAUGUGUAGUUGUAUCCAAAUUCUCUUUGGUUGUUUCUGCCUCUGCUGUCGUUAUGAAGGUUGUCAGUGUUACUGCUUCUAAACUGUGUGUUGUGGCAGUGUCACUGGAUGUAGUGGCUUGAUCCAAUGUGGUUACUUCCAUACCAGGUGUUGUGCCAUCGUGUGGUAUCAUUGUUUCUGAGACAAGGGUGGUUGUUCCUGCAACUUGUGUUGUCGGUUCCCAUGUCACUGCUGUUGUUUCUGGUUUGGAUGUUGUUGUGGGAAGAAUGAAUGUUGUUGCUAUUACACCAUCAGUUGUACUGGCAUGGACACUAGAUGUUGUGACAACAUCUGGUGUUGUUUCUGAAACAACUUCUGUUGUACCUGCUUCAUGUGUAGUUAUAUCAAACACUUGUGUAGUUGUUCCUCCGUCAUGUGUAGUUGUAGCCAAAUUAUUUAUGGUUGUUUCUGUCUCUGCUGUCGUUAUGAUGGAUGUCAGUGUUACUGCUUCUGAACUGUCUGUUGUGGCAGUGUCACUGGAUGUAGUGGCUGAAUCCAGUGAGGUUACUUCCACACCAGGUGUUGUUGUACCAUCAUGUGAUAUAGUUGUUUCUGAGACAAGGGUGGUUGUUCCUGCAACUUGUGUUGUCGGUUCCCAUGUCACUGCUGUUGUUUCUGGUUUGGAUGUUGUUGUGGGAAGAAUGAAUGUUGUUGCUAUUACACCAUCAGUUGUACUGGCAUGAACACUAGAGGUUGUGACAACAUCUGGUGUUGUUUCAGAAACAACUUCUGUUGUACCUGCUUCAUGUGUAGUUAUAUCAAACACUUGUGUAGUUGUUCCUCCGUCAUGUGUAGUUGUAGCCAAAUUAUUCAUGGUUGUUUCUGUCUCUGCUGUCGUUAUGAUGGAUGUCAGUGUUACUGCUUCUGAACUGUCUGUUGUGGCAGUGUCACUGGAUGUAGUGGCUGAAUCCAGUGAGGUUACUUCCACACCAGGUGUUGUUGUACCAUCAUGUGCUAUAGUUGUUUCUAAGACAGGUGUGGUUGUUCCUGCAUCCUGUGUUGUUGCUUCCCAGGUUGGUGAUGUUUUCUCUACCUCUAAUGUUGUGGGAAGACUGAAUGUUGUUGCUACUCCACCGUCUGUUGUACUGGCAUGGACACUAGAUGUUGUGACAACAUGUGGUGUUUCUGAAACAGCUACUGUUGUAGCUUCUUCAUGUGUAGUUAUAUCCAACCUUUGUGUUGUUGUUCCUCCAUUAUGUGUAGUUGUAUCCAAAUUCUCUUUGGUUGUUCCUGCCUCUGCUGUCGUUAUGAUGGUUGUCAGUGUUACUGCUUCUGAACUGUGUGUUGUGGCAGUGUCACUGUAUGUAGUGUCUGAAUACAAUGUUGUUCUUUCCAAAUCUGCUGUGGUUUUGCCAUCGUGUGGUAUCGUUGUUUCUGAGACAAGGGUGGUUGUUCCUGCAACUUGUGUUGUCGGUUCCCAUGUCACUGCUGUUGUUUCUGGUUUGGAUGUUGUUGUGGGAAGAAUGAAUGUUGUUGCUACUACACCGUCUGUUGUACUGGAAUGGACACUAGAUGUUGUGACAACAUCUGGUGUUGUUUCUGAAACAGCUACUGUUGUAGCUUCUUCAUGUGUAGUUAUAUCCAACCUUUGUGUUGUUGUUCCUCCAUCAUGUGUAGUUGUAUCCAAAUUCUCUUUGGUUGUUUCUGCCUCUGCUGUCGUUAUGAUGGUUGUCAGUGUUACUGCUUCUGAACUGUGUGUUGUGGCAGUGUCACUGGAUGUAGUGGCUUGAUCCAAUGUGGUUACUUCCACAUCAGGUGUUGUUGUGCCAUCGUGUGGUAUCGUUGUUUCUGAGACAAGGGUGGUUGUUCCUGCAACUUGUGUUGUUGCUUCCCAGGUUGGUGAUGUUUUCUCUACCUCUAAUGUUGUGGGAAGACUGAAUGUUGUUGCUACUCCACCGUCUGUUGUACUGGCAUGGACACUAGAUGUUGUUACAACAUCUGGUGUUGUUUCUGAAACAGCUACUGUUAUAGCUUCUUCAUGUGUAGUUAUAUCCAACCUUUGUGUUGUUGUUCCUCCAUCAUGUGUAGUUGUAUCCAAAUUCUCUUUGGUUGUUUCUGCCUCUGCUGUCGUUAUGAUGGAUGUCAGUGUUACUGCUUCUGAACUGUCUGUUGUGGCAGUGUCACUGGAUGUAGUGGCUGAAUCCAGUGAGGUUACUUCCACACCAGGUGUUGUUGUACCAUCAUGUGCUAUAGUUGUUUCUAAGACAGGUGUGGUUGUUCCUGCAUCCUGUGUUGUUGCUUCCCAGGUUGGUGAUGUUUUCUCUACCUCUAAUGUUGUGGGAAGACUGAAUGUUGUUGCUACUCCACCGUCUGUUGUACUGGCAUGGACACUAGAUGUUGUGACAACAUCUGGUGUUUCUGAACCAGCUACUGUUGUAGCUUCUUCAUGUGUAGUUAUAUCCAACCUUUGUGUUGUUGUUCCUCCAUUAUGUGUAGUUGUAUCCAAAUUCUCUUUGGUUGUUCCAGCCUCUGCUGUCGUUAUGAUGGUUGUCAGUGUUACUGCUUCUGAACUGUGUGUUGUGGCAGUGUCACUGUAUGUAGUGUCUGAAUCCAAUGUUGUUCUUUCCAAAUCUGCUGUGGUUGUGCCAUCGUGUGGUAUCGUUGUUUCUGAGACAAGGGUGGUUGUUCCUGCAACUUGUGUUGUCGAUUCCCAUGUCACUGCUGUUGUCUCUGGUUUGGAUGUUGUUGUGGGAAGAAUGAAUGUUGUUGCUACUACAACAUCUGUUGUACUGGCAUGGACACUAGAUGUUGUGACAACAUCUGGUGUUGUUUCUGAAACAGCUACUGUUGUAGCUUCUUCAUGUGUAGUUAUAUCCAACCUUUGUGUUGUUGUUCCUCCAUCAUGUGUAGUUGUAUCCAAAUUCUCUUUGGUUGUUUCUGCCUCUGCUGUCGUUAUGAAGGUUGUCAGUGUUACUGCUUCUAAACUGUGUGUUGUGGCAGUGUCACUGGAUGUAGUGGCUUGAUCCAAUGUGGUUACUUCCAUACCAGGUGUUGUGCCAUCGUGUGGUAUCGUUGUUUCUGAGACAAGGGUGGUUGUUCCUGCAACUUGUGUUGUCGGUUCCCAUGUCACUGCUGUUGUUUCUGGUUUGGAUGUUGUUGUGGGAAGAAUGAAUGUUGUUGCUAUUACACCAUCAGUUGUACUGGCAUGGACACUAGAUGUUGUGACAACAUCUGGUGUUGUUUCUGAAACAGCUACUGUUGUAGCUUCUUCAUGUGUAGUUAUAUCCAACCUUUGUGUUGUUGUUCCUCCAUCAUGUGUAGUUGUAUCCAAAUUCUCUUUGGUUGUUUCUGCCUCUGCUGUCGUUAUGAUGGAUGUCAGUGUUACUGCUUCUGAACUGUCUAUUGUGGCAGUGUCACUGGAUGUAGUGGCUGAAUCCAGUGAGGUUACUUCCACACCAGGUGUUGUUGUACCAUCAUGUGAUAUAGUUGUUUCUGAGACAAGGGUGGUUGUUCCUGCAACUUGUGUUGUCGGUUCCGAUGUCACUGCUGUUGUUUCUGGUUUGGAUGUUGUUGUGGGAAGAAUGAAUGUUGUUGCUAUUACACCAUCAGUUGUACUGGCAUGAACACUAGAUGUUGUGACAACAUCUGGUGUUGUUUCAGAAACAACUUCUGUUGUAGCUUCUUCAUGUGUAGUUAUAUCCAACCUUUGUGUUGUUGUUCCUCCGUCAUGUGUAGUUGUAGCCAAAUUAUUUAUGGUUGUUUCUGUCUCUGCUGUCGUUAUGAUGGAUGUCAGUGUUACUGCUUCUGAACUGUCUGUUGUGGCAGUGUCACUGGAUGUAGUGGCUGAAUCCAGUGAGGUUACUUCCACACCAGGUGUUGUUGUACCAUCAUGUGAUAUAGUUGUUUCUGAGACAAGGGUGGUUGUUCCUGCAACUUGUGUUGUCGGUUCCCAUGUCAUUGCUGUUGUUUCUGGUUUGGAUGUUGUUGUGGGAAGAAUGAAUGUUGUUGCUAUUACACCAUCAGUUGUACUGGCAUGAACACUAGAUGUUGUGACAACAUCUGGUGUUGUUUCAGAAACAACUUCUGUUGUACCUGCUUCAUGUGUAGUUAUAUCAAACACUUGUGUAGUUGUUCCUCCGUCAUGUGUAGUUGUAGCCAAAUUAUUUAUGGUUGUUUCUGUCUCUGCUGUCGUUAUGAUGGAUGUCAGUGUUACUGCUUCUGAACUGUCUGUUGUGGCAGUGUCACUGGAUGUAGUGGCUGAAUCCAGUGAGGUUACUUCCACACCAGGUGUUGUUGUACAAUCAUGUGCUAUAGUUGUUUCUAAGACAGGUGUGGUUGUUCCUGCAUCCUGUGUUGUUGCUUCCCAGGUUGGUGAUGUUUUCUCUACCUCUAAUGUUGUGGGAAGACUGAAUGUUGUUGCUACUCCACCGUCUGUUGUACUGGCA